AUGGUUGCGGCUAUCAAAACCGUAAUAAAAAUUUUGUCUAGUGCAUUGGCAGACGUUUCAAAGCUGAAGCCGAUUGAAAUUCAACAAGUAUUCUUGGAGAAGGGUCACACGAUGAUGGAGGUGAAUAGUGUAUAUUCAACUCUGGAAAAAUGUUUUACCCCACCAUUGUACUUACCGGCAGAUUAUGCGAUUAGCAUGCGUAAGGCGCGACCGAGUCAACCAUAUAUUAUCAGACAUGUGGACUAUAAGUUUUUAAGAACUAUGAAGCAAUACCUAGCAAUUUCACAUCGAUACGUCCCGGAGAAAAAGCAGGAGAUCCCACUGUGGCCGAAAUUAGAUCACUGUUGUACAAGAACGGUGAAACUUUCUACAAAAUGUGGCAUGAUGCAAUGGAAUGGACCCUUUUACCGCAGAGGACGAAGACUUUUGUACGAGGAAGCCCAGUGUUUGUAUAUUGCUCCGAGAAAAGUUGAAAAGAGCAAAUUUGACAGUUUACAGUCAUUGAAACUUUAA